AUGAUCUCGACCGGCAGCAGGAGCUGUUCCAAGCUGCCCGGCAAAAGCCUGGGGAAGGAACAGUUGUUCACGGACAACGUGGAUGCGGCCCGGUGCGUGCUUCUCGCGCAGCACCAGAUCCCUCUGAAGGACUUCACGACUUGUCGUAAGAAGCCCGAGAACCGGGGUGGUCUCUACCCUGUUUGGGGGAUACCCCUGGGUUCAACCCGAGAACUGUCCGAGCUGGAGCUCAUGCGAGGACAUGUUCUGGGCGUGGGUUGA